AUGUUUAAUGUCCAAACCGCCAACCUGGAUGCCACCAAUCGUCACCCGACUGUCAACGCGUUCCCGCUACUCGCCGACUAUGUUGUCAACAACAUUGAUGUUGAUACUGCAUCAAUAUCAACCCUGACCGAGGUGUCGGGCUCCACCUUCGCUAAUCAUCUCGACGCUCGCCUUCCCCACCAUACACCCAUAUCCAACAACUUGCGUGGCAGAGACUUCAUUGUCACCACUUAUGACAAUAAUUUAUUUGUCAUGGACACCGAUUAUGGAGUGGUGGUGUCUGGUAUGGGAAAGUUCCAAUCAUUCCGAUUGUUCGGACUUGAUGGAUUGUCCUACCAAGUGAUUGCAGCUCAUUUGCCACACAAAUCCGGGAGAGCACUGGCUCGCCAACUAAUUUCAGACCACUUUAAUGAUGUACAUGACGACGUCCACCAUGUCAUAGUCUUGGGUGACUUCAACUGUCAGCCGACACCAUUGUCGGGAGUGUUCGAUGAUUACCUCGACCUGUCGGUCACAGAAGGCAUGCUCACAACCGCCACCCGCGCUCCCGAUAACAUCCUGCACACGGACAUGGAUGUUGUAGGUCUUGAGGUGUUCACCGACACGGUGUUCACUCAUUGUCCAAUCAGACAAACAUUUUAUUUCGAUGAUUGA